AUGAAGUCCGCUGUGAGGACGAACAACGCAGUUGUCAUGUUUCUAGACAGCGUAGAGAAGGUGAACACGGUGGUGGCGAACGGGAUUGAAGUGAACGAUACGUUCGUAUCUGUUCUGCCUCUCGCCACACCGGCGGUUAAAGUGAAUCGGCAACCGCCGGUGUCGCCUAUGCCAGGAGACGCCCCUGGUCGUACUGACGUGCAGACGAUGACGUCCUGGUCGGUUCCAGUGGUUUGGGAGGGAACCUUCGACCCGGUUCUCCUCGACAGCCACUACCAAGCAAAGAACCUCACCAUCGCAGCCACUGUGUUCGCCGUGGGAAAGUACAUUAGGUUCCUGAAAAAGUUUCUGGAGACCAUGGAGCAGCACUUCUUCACUGGUUUCAAUGUGCAUGUGUUCGUCUUCACUGACCAGCCAAACGAGGUGCCCAAAGUCAAAAUGGCCAGCGGAAGACAGCGGACAGUGAAAACAGUGCCCACCCUUAACCGUUGGCAGGAUAUCAGUGCUAGCAGGAUGCUUCUGGUCCUGACCCUAAUAGAGGAGGAGCUUCGUGACUACGCCGACUUCAUCUUCUGUCUGGAUGUGGACUCCGAAUUCCACGGCCGAUGGGGCACGGAGUCAUUGGGAGAUCUGGUCGGUGUGCUCCAUCCAGGUUACUACAAAAGUGACCGCAGCGGAUUCCCCUAUGAGCGGCGGCCAAUCUCCAAAGCCUACAUGGCUCCUGAGGAAGGGGACUUCUACUACUGUGGGGGGGCAUUUGGAGGCAACCUGCAGGAGGUAGAACGGUUUUGCCAAACCUGCUCCAUCAACUUUUGGGAUGAUCGUAUAAAAGGCAUCGAGGCAGCCUGGCAGGAGGAGAGUCAUCUUAACAGGUAUAUGUGGAUCAAUAAGCCCAGUAAGGUUCUGUCACCUGAGUACCUGUGGCAAGACUUUUUAGCCCGCAACCCUGAAAUCCACCUCAUCAGGUUCUCUGGAAUUGUGAAGAACUACGCAGAGAUCCGACCGAAUGUCUGA